AUGACCGAAGUAGCUCGACUCCGACUCAACAGUAUCAAGAAGCUGUCCACCAUUGCCCUGGCCCUUGGUGUGGAGAGGACUCGGAGCGAACUCCUUCCAUUCCUUACAGACACUAUCUAUGAUGAAGAUGAAGUGCUCCUGGCGUUGGCUGAGCAGCUGGGGACUUUUACCACCUUGGUGGGUGGGCCCGAGUAUGUCCACUGCCUGCUGCCCCCGCUGGAGUCCCUGGCCACGGUAGAGGAGACAGUUGUUCGGGACAAGGCCGUGGAUUCCCUCCGGAUUAUCUCCCAUGAGCACUCGCCCUCGGAUCUGGAGGCCCACUUCGUGCCCCUGGUGAAGCGGCUGGCGGGCGGCGACUGGUUCACUUCCCGCACCUCAGCUUGUGGGCUCUUCUCCGUCUGCUAUCCCCGGGUCUCCAGUGCUGUCAAGGCAGAGCUGCGGCAGUACUUCCGGAACUUGUGCUCCGAUGACACCCCUAUGGUCCGACGGGCUGCGGCCUCCAAGCUGGGAGAGUUUGCCAAGGUUCUUGAGUUGGACAAUGUCAAAAGCGAAAUCAUCCCCAUGUUCUCCAACCUGGCCUCUGACGAGCAGGACUCGGUGCGGCUAUUGGCGGUGGAGGCCUGUGUCAAUAUUGCCCAGCUGCUGCCCCAAGAGGAUCUGGAGGCCCUGGUUAUGCCCACUCUUCGCCAAGCAGCUGAAGACAAGUCCUGGCGAGUUCGCUACAUGGUGGCUGACAAGUUCACAGAGCUCCAGAAGGCAGUUGGCCCAGAGAUUACCAAGACAGAUUUGGUUCCUGCCUUUCAGAACCUCAUGAAAGACUGUGAGGCUGAGGUGAGGGCAGCGGCCUCCCACAAAGUCAAAGAGUUCUGUGAGAACCUCUCUCCAGACUGCCGAGAGAAUGUGAUCAUGACCCAGAUCUUGCCGUGUAUCAAGGAGCUGGUGUCGGAUGCUAACCAGCAUGUGAAGUCAGCCCUGGCCUCAGUCAUCAUGGGUCUUUCGCCCAUUCUAGGCAAAGACAACACCAUUGAGCAUCUCCUUCCCCUGUUCCUGGCCCAGCUGAAGGAUGAGUGCCCUGAGGUACGGCUCAACAUUAUCUCCAACCUGGACUGUGUGAAUGAGGUCAUUGGAAUCCGGCAGCUGUCCCAGUCCCUGCUCCCCGCCAUAGUAGAGCUGGCAGAGGAUGCUAAAUGGCGGGUGCGGCUGGCCAUCAUCGAGUACAUGCCUCUGCUGGCCGGACAGCUGGGGGUGGAGUUCUUUGAUGAGAAACUCAACUCCUUGUGCAUGGCCUGGCUGGUGGAUCAUGUAUAUGCCAUCCGUGAGGCAGCCACCAGCAAUCUCAAGAAGCUGGUGGAGAAGUUUGGGAAGGAAUGGGCCCAUGUCACUAUCAUCCCCAAGGUCCUGGCCAUGUCUGGAGACCCCAACUAUCUACAUCGGAUGACCACGCUCUUCUGUAUCAAUGUGUUAUCUGAAGUCUGUGGGCAGGACAUCACCACCAAACACAUGCUACCCACAGUCUUGCGCAUGGCAGGUGACCCUGUGGCCAAUGUCCGCUUUAAUGUGGCCAAGUCCCUGCAGAAGAUUGGGCCUAUCCUGGACAACAGCACGCUCCAGAGCGAGGUGAAGCCCAUCUUGGAGAAGCUGACCCAGGACCAAGAUGUUGAUGUCAAGUACUUCGCUCAGGAGGCACUCAGUGUUUUGUCUCUGGCCUGAUAAUGGAAGAGGAGAGAGCUGGUGUUUUUGCCCCCCUCCCUGGGUGGGGUGGGGCAUCGUUGGCUCUGACUCCCAGUGCAUGGUCUGACCCCCUGGCUCCCUCCCUCUCUCCAGCACGGCUCCCAUCCUUCCUCCCUGCUCUCCCAGGGAUGGAGGGCUGCACCAGGCUAGGGGCCUUGGGGGGAUGGACAGAGUGGCCUGCAGAAGGAGUGGCCUGCCUGCCCACAGGGUAGGAGCAACAGGGCAGGAUGGGGGUCACCUAGGUCCCUGGUCCCUGAUCCUGUAAUGGGGACCCCCUUCCCUGUACCCUUUCCUCCUCCUGCUCCCCUCUCAGCCCCCAAUUGGGUGGUUUAUCGUGUCAACUGUGUGGUUUUAAUUUUGUUCCUUUUUUCUUUUCACGGAGAAAUAAAUGGAUGGAAAUACCUGGA